GUUCAAACAUGGCAGCUGAAGAGAAGGAUCCUUUGAGCUACUUUGCUGCUUAUGGAAGCAGCAGCUCCGACUCAGAGAGCAGCGAUGAAGAGAAAGAAGCGGAGAGGAGUAAGAACCGCACAAUAAAGCGCCCUUUUCCUACUGACACUAAAAAGCUGCCGGGGCCGGACGAGCUGUUCCGGAAUGUUUCUCGUCCCGCCUUCCUCUAUAACCCACUCAACAAGCAGAUAGACUGGGAGAGUAGGGUGAAGCGGGCCCCGGAGGAGCCUCCUAAAGAGUUCAAAGUAUGGAAGACAAAUGCUGUCCCACCACCAGAGUCCUACCAAGUAGCUGAGAAGAAAGCCCCACCCCCUGAGCUGGACAUGGCUAUCAAAUGGUCUAAUGUGUACCAAGACAAUGGUGAUGAUGCACCACAUGCAAACCAAGCUAAGUCUUUAGAAGAGGAGGAAGCUCGAGAAGAUUCUCCACCUUCAGAUGAUGAGCAGGAGAAAGCAUUUGCUAUAAAAAAGCGUAAAGUCUAACCCCAGCUGUUUGGAGAUUGAUUCAGAUGGAGGCGGGAAAAAAGACUUAAAAGAACAUGAAUGCUGAAAGACUUUGUUUUAGAUGUUUACUGGAAGAACUCAAUUACCGUGUUUGUGAAAUCAAUAUGUAUCUGUCAUUUAUACACUGAAUACAUAGGUAUAAAAGCACAAAUAAAAGUGCUUCCAUAGAAAUGUGUUCUAGCAGUUUUGCACACAUUUUUAAAGCAGGACUGCAGUGUUUUGUAUGUUGCUGCUGGCAAAUGUACUUGUUAAGAGUCUGCCACCUAGCAAUAUUCUGUUCUAUGAACUAAUGCAGUUAGUACUGCUUGCUUUUCCAUACUGUGCUAGAAACUGUUGAGUUAAAGAGCAAGUUCACUGUCCAAACUAUUUUUUUUUUUAGUACAUCUGAAAUAGUGACUUUAUCAUCAGUUUUUAUUUGUAUCCAUUUUAGGGGUUGUUCACCUUGAAAUUAACUUUUAGUAUGAUAUGGAUGUUAAUAUUCUGACACAAUUUACAAUUAGUUUUCAGUUGUAACCUCACGCAUACAUAGUUUUUUGGCUGGCGGCGUCAGUGACUUCCAUGUGAAAGCUGAAAAUGGCAAUAAUUCAAAAACGAAACUAAAACAAAAAUUAAAAAAUGAAGACCAUUUGCAAAGUUGCUAGGAAUGGUACAUUUUAUAAUGUACUAAAAGUUAUCUUUAACUACCCCUUUUAGAUUAGUUUAAAUUUCAUUGGGGGUCACUGACAGUUUAAAGUUUAUGUAGUGGCUCAUACAUUUCUUUUUAAACUGCAUUUGCAAAAGGUCCAAUUUUCAGGUGUACUAUGUAAGAACUAACAGGUUUUGGAAGGUGAACUACACUUGUACUAUAAGUCAGUAUAAUGGUACAGUGUGGCAAUUUUAGAACUGUAUUUUUUGUAAAUAACUGUGACUAUAUUUUUCAAUGGAUAAAAGCUUUACAAAUAGUA